AUGACGGGGGCCAAUGGCGGAUACCAGAUUGGCUUUCAGCUGACACCGCUCAGUGUAGAUGGCAAUUUGGAUGCGGCCGACUUCAAGGGAGGACCGCACCCGGUUGAGAAAGAUCCAAUUUACAGACUUUGUUCAGACAACCGCGAUGCUGGAAACAAGUUUGUCCAAGAAGGAAAGAUUGAGGAGGCCAUCGCUCGGUAUUCCGAGUUGAUAAUGCAAUCUCGGGCCCUUGAAAACGAACCCGAUGUGCAGUGGACAGACGAGGGUCGUGACCUAGUCCGGCAUUUGCGGGCUGCUGCCUACCUGAAUUUGUCACUGUGCUUCUUAAAAUCAAAGCAAUGGCAGCACGCUGUCAACACAGCAACGCGCGCUCUCCAAGGGGACAAGGACCCUCCUGAUCCCAAAGAGAACAUUCUGCCUCCGGAGAAGAAAGCGAAGGCAUUGUAUCGGCGUGCUAUGGCCCUGAAAGAUGGCUUUGACAAGCUGGAGGAAGCAGUGAAGGACUUGAAGAAGGCUCUGGAAUACGUUCCCGAAGACAAGAACGUGCAGCUGGAGCUUCAGAGGGUUAACCAGGCCUUGGCGAAAGAAAAGAAGAAAGCGGACAAAAAGUUGGCAGGCUUCCUCUCGAAGGAUGCGAAGGAUGCGAAGGGCGGUAUCUUCUCUGAGGCCGAUCGCCAGCGGGACACCAGUGGCCCUGAACUGCCCAGCGAGCCGGUGAAGGUCUCGGAUGGGCUUUGGCUUGUGCCAAAGGAGGAGAAGGAGGAGGUGGAGGGGGUCCAGGAGGCCAAGGAUGCCGGCAUCGACUUGGACGAGCUCGGCCGGGUCACUUCGACGCACUUUCUCUUGAGAAGCUAG